AGCAGCAGCAGCAGCAGCAUCUCGCAGGCCUCAAGCUUUUCUGUCGACAAGCGAGGCUGCGUCAAGAGCAAGGAGUGCACAAGUGAAGUUCCGCGACGAGCAGGGGGGCUGCUGGUGGAGGUGGUGGGGUUCUCGGACGGGGCGCACGUGGGGCAGAGCCGGGGCCCGUGGGGUGAAGGAGGGCGGCAGCCUCAUGGGGCGCUUUGACUCGCUCGUGCAGACAGUGGUGAUCCCUCGCGUGCGGACCAAGAACACUGCUGCUGGUGCUGCUGGUGCACCAGGAUCCGCCUUGGCGUCCACAUCAGCCGCAGUGCUACCCAGCCAACCAGGGUUGUCACCAGUGCAAUCAUCAUCAUCACCAUCACCAGCACUGCCCUCCCUGUCAUCUCUAUCCCCCUCUGCCCUUCCAUCGCCAUCUGCAUUAGCAUCCCCAUCGGGCAAGGUGAGUGUGGCGGACCGGAUGAAGUGGUACGUGGCGAGAGUCAAGUCGCCCAAGCAGCAGGGGCUCUACGGGGGCCUGGGGAAGCGAAUGUGCUUGUGAAGAAAUCAGAGUCCUGGGCUGAGGCCCGCAGUGAAGAAAAUGGUUCUGCUGCUGGUGUUGCUGGUGGCAGUGCUGCUGCUGCUGCUGCUGUUACGGGCCAACAGCAUGGGGCUGAAGACGAUGGCAAAGACCUGUUCUCUGCGCUCCAUGAUGCCUUGGUUGGUUGCUUUAACCUGAUGGAUGUAUUUGACAAGAUUGUUGUGAUUUAGUCCAAGCCUGUGCUGAUUGCGACUCU